UUUCAUAUCCAAUGUCAUUCCCCCCCGUAAACACCGACAUUGAACCAUAUCUCCUUCUGAUUAAUAUAAUCUUCAUGAAUAAAAAUGCGGAGAGAAGAUGAAUUAUUGAAUGUAUUUUCCAGAUAAAAAAGAAAAAAGAAAAGAGAGACAUCGAAUGAAUCUUUGUCUCCUUCCGUUCAUUCCUUACUCGAAAUGAUGAUAUGGUUUAAUGAACACAUUCAUUCCAGACCACAGUCGUCUCCUUCUCCUCUGUCUCCCAUCCUUUUUCGGUCAUCACUGUCCCGGCCAUAAUCGGAAAGGAGGAAGAUCUCGUUUCCCUCUUCUGGGGGCAAAACCAUGAAGCAAUUCUUGAAACUAUGGUCGCUGAACAAGCAGAACCAGUGGAUACUGAAAUUCGGAAUCUCGGUCCUCGUGGUGGGUCUUGCUUUCCACCUCCUCUUCAAUCAAUCCACCAGAUUCGAUCCUGAAUUGGAGGCAGCAACUUCUUCUUCUUCUUCUUCCUACAUUACUGCUAGGACUUAUUUGCCGGUCUCCCCUCCACCUGCUUCGCUGGUUUCCCCUCCACCUGAUUUACCGGUGUCCCCUCCACCAGUGGAAAUGUUGGAGACGCCGUCAGAUGUCGCCGUAGAUGAAUUGCCGGGCCCGCCGCCGGCUCCACAGCCUUCUUCUUCUUCUUCCUCUGCUGCUGCUGCUGAAGUUUCCAAUUCAACUAUGUCUGUGGAUGGACGGCCGGAUCCAGAUGAGAAUGAGGCGCCUGAUGAUGGAAAAUGCAAUCUGCUUGUUGGUGAUUGGGUUCCUGAACCAUCUGGUCCAAUGUACACAAAUGCUACCUGCCGCUUGAUGGAUGGGCACCAGAACUGUAUGAAGAAUGGACGCCCUGAUUCUGGUUAUCUGUAUUGGAAGUGGAAGCCCCGCCGCUGUGAGUUACCUGCGUUUGAUGCACAAAGAUUCCUGGAGUUGAUGAGGAAUAAAUCUUGGGGGGUGAUUGGUGAUUCAAUAUCACGCAACCAUGCCGAAUCACUGCUGUGCAUGCUUUCUACGGUUGAAGAAGCUGUGGAAGUUUACCAUGACAAGGAAUUCCGAUCCAAGACAUGGAAAUUCCCUACCUACAACUUCACCCUAGCAAACAUUUGGGCGCCCUUCCUGGUAGAGGCAGCGAUAUUCGAAGACUACAACGGCGUCUCAACAAAAGAAGUCCAGUUGCAGCUCGACAAACUCGACAAGAGCUGGGUAGAUGCUUACCCGAGCUUCGACUUUGCCAUUAUCUCGACUGGGAAAUGGUUCCUCAAAGCUGCAGUCUACCACGAGAACAACACCGUGGUCGGCUGCCAUUUCUGCCCGGCCGGUAAGAACCUGACCGAGACAGGAUUCGUCUUCGCAUACGAGAAAGCCCUCAGCUUCGCGAUGAGCACCAUUUUGCAGUCGAAGCACAAGGGACAGAUAUUCUUCAGGACAUCUACUCCGGACCAUUUCCAGGAGGGGGAGUGGCACAACGGAGGGACGUGCCAACAGACUGCACCGGCGAAAGAAGGGGAGUUCGAGUUGAAGGAAGUGAACAAGAUCCUGAGAAAGGUGGAGUUGGCCGAGUUCGAGAAGGCCUCCGCCAAAGCAGCUGAAUCUGGGGUGAACCUCAAGCUCGUCGACUUCACUAAUCUGCUGUUGACAAGGCCUGAUGGCCACCCUGAUGCAUACAGAAAUUUCCAACCAUUUGCUAAAGACAAGAACGCGACGGUUCAGAAUGACUGCCUGCACUGGUGCUUGCCUGGUCCGAUCGAUUACUUGAACGAUGUGCUCAUGGAGAUGGUGCCGCUGCAGCGCUCUACUGAUUUCCCCCACCCAUAUAAAUUCAUUCGUCUGCUCCUUCAAGACCCCAAUUCCGAGUCCCGUCAAAAUUUCCGUUCACUCUCGCCCUCUCUCUCACUGCAUUUCGCAACAGCUCCUUCCACAGCAAUGGCGGACGUCGCGCUUCCCUCCUCCCCGAUCCCGGCGAAGAAGAGGAACAGCAGGAAAGUCCUGAAGCAGAAGAAGGAGUCGACGAGCGAGGCGAACGUCCUGGCUCAGGCGCUCAGCGAGACCUCUCCUGCUGCGGUUCUUCCUCCGCCGUCCGAGACCGAUCCGAUGAAGGAGAACAGCGAGAUUCUGUCAUCGGCGAAGAAGGUCAAGGGGAAGGCGGCCAGAGGCGGCAAGCAGCAGCAGUCGUCGUCCUUCGACAAAGAGCUGGAGCAGAUGCAGGAAAUGCUUCAGAAACUGACACUGGAGAAGGAGAAGACGGAGGAGAUGUUGAAGGAGAAAGACGAGAUGCUGAGAGCGAGAGAAGAGGAGCUCGAGAACAAGGGGAAAGAGCAGGAGAAGUUGCAGGCGGAGCUCAAGAAAUUGCAGAAGCUGAAGGAGUUCAAGCCCAAUCUCAACUUCCUGAUAUUGAAAGACAACGAGCAAGAUGACAAAGACAAGAAGAAGAAAAAGAAGGGCGGGGCUGAAAAGAAAAGGCCGUCUCCGCCUUAUAUCCUCUGGUACAAAGAUCAAUGGGCUGAGAUGAAGAAGGAUAAUCCAAAUGCUGAUUUCAAAGAAGUCUCCGUCAUUCUGGGAGCUAAGUGGAAGACAGCGAGUGCAGAGGAAAAGAAGCCGUACCAGGAGAAGUAUCAGGCUGAGAAGGAAGUCUACUUGCAGGUGAUGGCAAAGGAGAAGCGCGAGACUGAAGCCAUGAAGCUCCUGGAAGAGGAUCAGAAGCAGAAGACAGCCAUGGAGUUGCUUGAGCAGUACCUUCAAUUCAAGCACGAAGCUGAUGAUCAAGGGAAUAAGAAACCCAAGAAAGAGAAAGACCCAUUGAAGCCCAAGCAACCAAUGUCAGCUUUCUUCAUCUACACUAAUGAGAGAAGGGCUGCACUGGUUGCUGAGAACAAGAAUGUUACUGAGGUUGCAAAGAUCACUGGUGAAGAAUGGAAAAACAUGUCAGAGAAAAAGAAAGCUCCUUAUGAAGAGGUGGCAAAGAAGAACAAGGAGAAUUACCUGAUUGAGAUGGAGGCUUACAAGCUGAAAAAGGAGGAAGAAGCCUCGCAUGUGAAGAAGGAAGAGGAAGAACUGUUGAAACUUCACAAGCAGGAAGCCAUGCAACUGCUGAAGAAGAAGGAAAAAACAGAAAACAUAAUCAAGAAAACUAAAGAGAUUAAACAGAAGAAGAAGAAGGACCAGGCUGCAGAUCCUAACAAGCCAAAGAAGCCUGCAUCCUCUUUCUUAUUGUUCAGCAAGGAAACAAGGAAAAGCUUGAUGGCCGAGCGCCCCGGAACAAACAACUCCACCAUCACUGCACUGAUCUCUGUGAAGUGGAAGGAACUGAGCGAGGAGGAGAGGCAAGUCUGGAAUGCGAAAGCCGCAGAAGCCAUGGAUGCUUACAAGAAGGAAAUGGAAGAGUACAACAAGUCCUCUGCUGCUGCUGCCGCUGCCGCCGGGACGUCAGCCUAG